CAUUUUACCAAAUAGGUUUAGUUUUUUUCACAAGAUGAUGUAUACGUCUUAAUUAUAUAAUGCCUCUGAAAUAACCAAUAACACUAUUGAUGACGGUUGGCAGCACCAUCAACCUGAAAUGUCAAAAUAAAUACUUUGCAAGUUGUCUGCAAGAAAAAAAUUCGGCCCACAGAGAGUUAAGCAUUAAAAUCGCGGUUUUAUAUUGCUCCAUUGAGCCUUUGUUAAGACAGUAAUCAAGAUGUCUUCAUUGUGAUGUAUAUUUAUCACUUCACGGAAACGACUGUCCUGUAGUUAUCGAGUAUCUCUCGAACAGACGAGAUCGCAGAAAUCCUUAAACACUUUGUUUUUAACCUUAUAUAGUGAUAAUUUUGUGUUCCAAGAUUUCUAUUUUACUGAACACGAUUAUUAUCUUAAGCAUGGUCCACAUUACGCAGAUGCUUACAUUUUUUGGUAUCUUGUGCCUAAUAUUUCUAACCGGAAUUGCUUCUUACAGUGAUGAGACUUUAUCUGAAAAAUCACAGUGCAUAGAACCAAUAUUCUAUGAAAUGAAUAUUUUCCCGCAAAUACAAACAAACUCUUUCAGCGUUGAAUCUCGCGCUAAAAUAAACGUUCCAUGUAGACAACGAAAUAUAAGAUUAUAUUUCGGACGUUAUUGUGAUCAACCGAAAAUGUUUAUCAGUAGUGAUUCACAAAAUAAUUUUACUUCUGUGUUUUGGGACAUAAACUCGGUGGUAUUUUCAACGGAAGGUCGAUUCAACAGCUUACACAUCACAAUCGUUUCCGUGGAUCGCGGAACUAAUGAAACCAACCGACUAACAUAUUUACAAAGUGGAAAAUAUUGGAUACAUGCAAAUUAUAAUUGUAGUUUAGAGAAAGUUGCAACGGUUUUUUCAUAUGUCCAGCAAUCUGAAGAAACACAAUAUUUGAUUUUGCCGCGUAUCCCCGCUGAAUGGAUAUUUCCAUGUUGGGAAAACCCAGCAAAUAAGGCCACAUUUAUUAUACGAAUAAUUCAUGCUUCCAAUGAAAUUGCUCUGUCACAUACGCGUGGAACUAAAAUGUUUGCAAGAAAUGAGACUUAUACAUUAUUUCCUAUUACACCUUUAAUGUCUACUUAUUUAGUAGCAAUAGCAGUCGUACCAUUUGAGAUCUAUAUCUACUCAAACAGAUCACAGAUACUAAGUACCAUAUCAUAUGCAGUAUCUCUUAUUACUAAUAUAACGGCUUAUGUUACAUACAAUUGGCAAGAUGUGCCACAAUCUCAUGUGUUUUACAGAGUACUUCCACUAAAUUCGAGCCAUUACGAAACUAUAAUAACUAAAAAUCUUGUUUUUUUCAAUGAAGCUGCCAUUAUAUACGAUAAAAACAUAGAUUCACUCACACAAAACAAAAAAGUAACAUGUUUGGUAGCACGUAGUGUAAUACAAGAAAUUUUCAGUGAUUGGGUAGCUACAUUUAAACAGUCUGAAUCUUGGUUUAUGGAAGGUUUUUCAAAUUUUUACGGACUGUAUAUUAUCGAUCAGAUUUUUGGUCAAUCUUUACUGAAGUCGCUAGUGGUCCAAACACGACGGGGAAUUCUUGAUUUUAUAGAAGCAAUUAUUACAUAUGAUCUUCCAGUUACAGAAAAUUCACCGUCCAUACCUAAAAGCUCGAUUUUUCUCGAAGUGUGGCGAAAAAGUGCAAUCAAUCUAUUUUACAUGGUCACUGACAAACAUGUCCUCUACAACUUUAUGUUUGAAAAAGCCAUAAACUUAUAUUAUAACACUUCACGUGAUACUUAUACUACACAGUCAAAUUUUGAUAUUUUAUGGAGUAAACUACUAUCUGAGAUGCCUACGCACAAAAACACGUCUUUCCUCAGAAUUUUAACGACUGUGAUAACUUCUUGGACACACGUUGGUUAUCCUUUAGUGCAAGUAAACCGACACAACAAUACACGGACUCUUGAAAUAUUGAUUAGAGACUGUUUUCUAAGUAAUAUAGAGAAAUCUUGUGUAAGCACGUGGUGGAUACCUGUGACCUAUACAACAAUACGACAGUCUAAUAUCAAAUAUCAAUCGUACUUACAACCAGACGAAAACAAUAUUAUAGUUUCGAAUAUUGAAGAAGAUGAUUCUGCAAUUUUUAUAGAUGUACCUGGAUAUCGCGUCAACUACGAUCGUAAAUCUUGGAAGAAUAUUGCUCUCUUCUUGAAAACUACACCAUUUAAUAUGUUGAAUUUAUCUGACAUCACAUUAGCUCAAAUUCUCGACGAUGCUUUUUAUUUUUUAAUACAAAAUACAGAUUAUAAUGAAAAUUCUGUUUUAAAUACUUAUGAAAAUCUAAACAUAUUUUUCGAUAUUGCCAACAAUGUAUUUCACAUGAACAAUUCCUACAUAGCUUGGUAUCCAAUAUUUACUGCUUUUGAGUACUUAUCAAAGAUGUUUCCGUUUUCAGAAAGUGCAUACAUCAAGUAUAAAAUUCUGGUUGUAGUGAAUACGUUUCUUGAGUAUUCGUCGCAUACACCUUCUUCCGAAAAUAAUGUCAUUAAUCAGUUAUAUUACGAAGUUUUAAAAUGGGCAUGUAUUCUCGAUAGCAUAAAGUGCAAAGAUAUUGUUAUGGCUGAAUUAACGUGGCAUAUACAUAAUCCUGCACGAAACAGACUUUUGCCAAGUUGGCAGAAAUGGAUAUUUUGCCAGAGUUUAAUGGUAGAAAAUUCCACGUAUGAAAACUCUUCUACAUGGUAUACAUUAAAAACCAUGCAUGAAACGCAGUCAAAAGUAGAAGAAAUGUUUAAAUUUUUACUUUGUUCUAGACUUCGCAGGAAUAUUUUCUUAUCUUUUAAUUUCUUUGCAAUUAAUUUUCUACCAUCUUAUGGACGUAGUAUAGAUUUAAAGAAAAGUGAUAAAGUUUCUUUUCUUUUUAAUCUUUUUACAAGGCAUUCAAAAACUCUUGCAUCGCUGACGUCUAUACUAGAAGAAAUACGUUCCAUAGAAAGCGACAAUAACAUACAUGCAAUAAUGAACUGUAUUAUUAAUAACAUACAUUCAGACGAAGGCCUGUCGAUGGUUCGCAAUGAAAAGUUCGUACAAAUGCUGAGGGACAGACAUCGUGCGCCAUCUUAUGUUAUUUACGCCGUGAAAAAAAAAGUUGAUGAUCGUCGUGAUUUUCUAGUUAAAGUAAAAAAUAACUUUUUUCCAAGCGAUAAAAUGCAUUUAUUUACAGAGAUUUAAUGUUAGACUUGUAUAUUCGUUUUCUUUAUCUUAAAGGAACAAAUGCUACUACUUACUUGUUUUUCUCAAUACGUAUGUGACUUGUGUGUAAUAAGUACAGUUUUCUUUUAUGACAACAAAAAAUAUUUAUUACUUAUAUUUAAAAUCGGUAAUACAGUUUACCGAUUUUAAUAUAGUUACUAAUUCGCGCCAGUUGUCCACAAAAGAAAAUCAGAUUGGUAUUAACAAUAAAUAGUUUUUAUUAAUAUAGUUGAUUAAAGUAUUGUUGUAAAGUUAAGUAUU